CCAUGUGUUUUGAUCUCUAGGUAUUGUUAUAUGUGCAUUUAUCAGGACCCUGGUAACAGCAAAAGUUAGUGUUAUGUCCCCUGUGUAAAGCUCAUCAUGACACAUCCUCUGCUGUAUAAAUACCAACACUGUCCUCAUUGCCACAGUUCACACACCUGGAAAUGAUUUUAAAAGGUCUCCUUAUUCUGCUUUGUGUGCUGUCAUUAGCACAGGCAACAUCGCCACAGCACAUUAUCCACCCCAAGUUUCUCCACCUAGACUGGCCAGCUGAUUGUGGAGUUGCAUUUUUUCAACAAAAUACAGCAGGAAGGAUUGUGUCUGGAAAUGAAGUACGCCCGUUCUCCUGGCCUUGGCAGGUUUCCUUGCAGGUUCGGUCUAGAGGAAGUAAGAAGUAUGUUCACGUCUGCGGUGGGACGCUCAUUCACAAGAAUUGGAUUCUCACUGCAGCCCACUGCUUUCAGAAGGGUAAGGCAGAAGAUGCCACCAACUGGAGGAUCGUCCUUGGGAAGCAUAACCUCAACCGUACAGAAUCUACGGAAAAAAUUUACAAUGUGAAGCGCAUCUAUAGACAUGAACGUUUUCGCUAUCCCCAUCUGAACGAGCUGGACUAUGACAUUGCAUUAGUGAAGCCUGUGGAGGAUAUACUGCCUACUCACUUUAUACAUUAUGCCUGCCUUCCUAAGAAAGAAAUAACUCUACGUCCAGGCCAUUUCUGCUGGGUAACCGGAUGGGGAGACACCAGAGGUGGAAAGGCAAACUUAACACUGUCAGAAGUCCUUAACCAAGCCAAGCUGCCCAUCAUUGACAACAAGACUUGCAAGCAGAAAAAAUUCUGGGGAGAAAGAGUUCGGGAGUCAAUGAUUUGUGCAGGUUUCCGAGAUUUUGGAGGAUCUCCUGCUGCUUGCCAGGGAGAUUCUGGAGGACCACUCGUAUGUCAAAAUGGAAGAGAACGUUGGGAAGUCCACGGGAUAGUCAGUUUUGGACCCAUUGGUUGCACAGUGGAGAACAAGCCCAGUGUUUUCACUAAAACUUCCACCUAUAUUCCUUGGAUUGAGGCCACAAGAAUCCGUGAUUUCUUCCUACACUGAAGGCAGAAGCGGGAGCUCAAAUGUGGCAGCUGUUCAAAUCUUGGAUUGUAAAAGGGAUUUAUGCUUAUUCUUCAUAGCAGGGAUUUAGUCUUAUCACAUGGCACAGCCUGUGCAUACAACAUCUUCAGCGUUGUUAGAUUAGUGUGCAGUCCAGUAGCUACUUGUUUCUGAAGUCAGCAAAGAUAGAAAAGGCCAGUUGGCACAGAGGUGAAAUGAAUGCAGUAUCUUGUGUUCCGCACAUAUCACAGAUCUGCCGUAUGCAGCUACUUACAACUGUAGCCUUUCCUGUCCAAUAAAACAAAGGAGAUCAUGUAAAUGCUAAAGUGACCUCAAUCUGUGUACAUCAAAUACUUACACCUGUUGUACGCACCUUUAAGAUAGAUACAAUGAUUUUACCUUCCAGGCCAUUUUUAUAUUUUAUUCCAUAGAUAAGGAGUAGAGGGUGACAACAUUUUUCAGAUAAUA